AUGGCCAUGGCGACGACAUCGCUGCUCCGGACUGCUGCAGGCCCUGCGCGGUGGACGCUGCUCGAGGCGCCGAGCCGCUCCUUCUCAUCGUCGAGUGCAGCAUGCGCAGCCAAGAAGGGGGCGCCCAAGGUGCAGCAGAAGCGCAAGACGCCCAUCCGCAAGUCCGCCGGUUCCUCGGGCCCGCGAUCACCGCGACGGGGGCAGACCAAGUCGGCGGGCGUGCACGAGGGCCUGUCCAAGACGAACCCGUUUGUCAAGCCGGUCGCUGACAUGUCAUUCCUCGCCACGCUCCUGCCCGAGCAGGCGACAGAGGCCAACGUCGGCCAGGUCAUGGCGUGGAGCGAGCGGACGCUGGAGGCGACGAGAAUACAGGGCUUUGGCCUGACGCGCGAGAUGGCCAGAGAGUUCAAGAGACAACCGAGACCGCGGACGCUGCUCCGGCCACAGUCGCUCCGCCUCUUCAACCACCUCGACUCGUCGGUCGAGGGAGCGACCGGCCAGACGACGCUUCUCCAAGGCCCGCUGGGUGCCGGUGCAUCGACGCUGCUCCUCCAGGCCGUCUCGUACGCGCUCGAGUCCGACUGGCUCGUCGUCUACAUCCCCCGCGGCAUCAACCUCGUCGACAGCUCCUCGCCCUUUAUCUACUCGUCGUCGAUGCAGACCUACGUCCAGCCCGAGGCCAGCCGGGCGCUGUUGGGUCGCAUUCUCUCUGUCAAUGGCGCGGACAAGCUGCGGGAGAUCCCCGUCGACGAGGGCUCUUCUUCUUCGUCAUCGUCCUUGGCCGAUGUGAUCAAGCAGGCGUUGGGCGAGCAGCAGCAGCCCGCGGCGCUGCAGCGCACCCUCGAGACGGCCCUGCGGACGCUGGUGCAGCAGCGGCAGCGGCCCCUGCUGCUGUGCCUCGACGGCGCCCAGGCCUACUUUUCCACGACAAAGUACCGCGACGCAGACUACCGCCGACUGCAGGCGUACGAGCUGGGCCUGACACGGACGGUGCUGUCAUGCAUGCGCACCCAGGGCGCCGGCAGCUUUGGCGGCGUCCAGCGCGGCCUCGCCCUCGCGGCACCGAGCCCGCAGCACGCCGAGUGGUGGCCCUGGACGCUCUCCGACGACACCCACCGGCUGCACCACGCCGAGGCGGCCUUUGCCAGGCUCGACAUUGGCCGCCACUUUACCAACGACGAGGCCGCAAGCCUGUUUGACGUCGCGCGCCGCGAGCUCAACCGCGGGCCCGAGGCCAUCAACGACGAGUCCUACCUCGCCCGGCUGGCCACCAGCGGCGCCAGCCUGUCCGUCUUUGAGCGCAGUCUGAACGUGCAGCAGUAG